CAGCAUCGUUUUGUGAAGCAUCGUUUUGCUUUUAUUCGCAUAUUUUUCCUCUCUUUACAAAAUGGCUAUGGCGAAACCUAAGUCUGAACUGACGCCGGAGGAGCUGGCCAGACAAGAAGAAGAAGAGUUCAAUACCGGCCCGCUAUCCGUACUAACCCAAUCGGUUAAAAACAAUACCCAGGUGCUGAUCAACUGCCGUAACAAUAAGAAACUGUUAGGACGCGUGAAGGCUUUCGAUCGACACUGCAACAUGGUGUUGGAAAACGUGAAGGAAAUGUGGACCGAGAUACCACGCACCGGCAAAGGAAAGAAGAAAGUGAAGCCCGUCAACAAGGACCGCUUUAUCUCGAAGAUGUUCCUGCGCGGUGAUUCGGUUAUCCUUGUUCUGCGUAACCCUCAGGCCACUGCCACCGGCAAGUGAAAGCAGAGUUCGGCGUCCUAAUAAACUAGCGUAAGGAACU